AUGGCGGUUGGACUCUCCGACCCGUUUGAUGAGGCGGACAAGGUGGACCUGGAGUGCUCCAUCUGUUGCCACGACUACAACUGGAGCGACAAGUGCCCCCGGGAGCUGGAGUGCCUCCACACCUUCUGCACCGAGUGUCUGGUCAGGAUGGAGGGUCACCAGCCCACCACGUCCCGCCGGAUCUCCUGCCCGCUCUGCCGAUACAGCACGGAGCUCGGGGCCCCCGGGGCCCUGGGCCUGCCCCGGCAGCAGCACAUCCUGUCCAAGAUCCCGGCCCGGGCGGAGCACGGCGGCGCGGGGGUGGCCACGGUGAGCCAGCAGGUCAUCCUGACCCUGGGCUCCGGGGAGACCACGGUGGUGACGCUGCCCACCAUCAGUCUGAGCGUCGAGCAGGGGGGGAGACGCGGGGCGGCGGAGCCCCGGGAGUCCUCCCUCUACCGGCAGAGCCAGAAGCACCAGGCCGUGGUGUGCCUGAGGAAAGCCUCCGCACGCCUCGCUGCCCUCUUCAUCCUCGUCUGUGUGGCCGCUUUCGUGUUCGUGCCCCGCUUCUCGCGCUGA